AUGCUGAAGAUGCUGCGAUUGAUGAAGCCGUCGAGGAUUAUUCACAAGAUCGAAAUCCCGUACUCAAUUCCUUACCAACAGCAGCUUGCUUUGUUCCGCUUCCUGGGCUUCUUGGCGAUCGUGUGCCACUGGCUAGCAUGCGUGUGGGCUAUGACGCUAAAAGUCGUUGACAAGGCAUUCCCGCGCUGGAUCGAUGACAUUUCCACAGUUGAUGCCAGUUUUGGUUUCUUCGAAGAAGACCGAGCCGUGAGGACAUAUAUCGCCGCGUUCUAUUUCUGCAGCUACACAAUGACGUCAGUGGGGUACGGCGAUAUUGGUCCACAGAACGUGUUGGAGCGCAUCGUGUGCACUGUGAUGGUCAUGCUUUCAGGUCUGUUUUGGGCCUACGUCAUUGGCCAAGUCUGUACAAUCGUGGCAGACAUUAACGCCGAAAGUCAGGAGUUCCGCAACAGAAUGCACCACCUGAACAUGAUGAUGGAAGAAGAGCACUUGCCACAUCAGUUGAAAUCGCGAGUUCGGGAGUUCUUCAUGCAUAACCGCGAUCAGGCGAGACAUUUGACUCAGCAGAGUUUGCUGGAUGCCAUGAGCCCGCAGCUGAAGGCAGAAGUUGCCACAGUCGUGAAUUUCCCAUGGCUGGAGCGUGUGAUCUUCUUCAACCGCUUUGUUCGAGAGACGGAGGAACUCCAAGCCCAAGGGGUCUCUGUUGCGCCCUAUCGCGCAUGUAUUGCGGACAUUGUGCGCGAACUGAAGAGUGUGGCCUAUGCACAAGGGGAAUUUGUUAGCAAUGUCCGCGUGCUGAGCAUCUUGUCAAAGGGCCUCGUGCUUCGAUCACACAGGCUCGAGCAUAAGGGCAGCGUGUGGGGCGAAGACUUUGUACUCUCCGACAAAGCUCUCGUGCGCCGGGUGGACUUCUAUGCCUUGACUUACAUAGAAGUCCUGUGCCUUUCACGCGACGACUUCAUGACCAUCAUUGCGAAACACAGUCUCACAUGCCCCCGACUUGGGCAAAUAGUCCGUCGCUACUGCGUGCGCGUUGCCGUUCGUCGCGGAAUUGUAGCAGAAGCAAGAAGGCGUGUACAGAGCAUGAGCAAGCCUCUGCCUUCUGGCACCUCUGGGUUGUCGCUAUAA